AUGCAGGGGGUUGCCGGAGGCGGGGGAAACAUUCGCCGCACUGCUACUCGUCGCGGUGCUGCAACGCAGCAUGAAGGAGGUGGCCGGAGGCUACGCUGCUCGUCGCCGGUUUGCAAAGCAACAUGGGGAGGCCGGAGGUGGGCGUUCGCCGGGGUGAGCUGCGUCCCUGUGGAUCUCACCACGACAGCGGAGCUGCAGUGCAGCACAAGCAGCCGCGACCCCGUGGAGCUCGCCGCCGGCGGUGCUGCAGUGAAGCUUUCGUCAGCGGCCUCUAGUGCUGCCUUGCAGCGCUCGCCGGCGGCUGUCGACGCUGCAGUGCAGUGCUCGGUGUUCCAAUGGAACUUGUCGGCGGCUUCCGAAGCUAAAUUGCAGCGCUCGGUGCUCCAAUGGAGCUCUCGCCGGCGUGAAGCUCUCGACAGCGGUUCUCGAAGCUGUGAUGCAGCGGCCGGUGGUGGCUCAGGUCUUGCGAGGCAGUGCUUGUCGGCGGCAACCGUUGCAAGGCGCUUCAAUGGAGCCCUCAUUGGUGGCUCCCGGUGCUGCGUUGCAGCGCUUGACGAGCCUUGGAGCUGCGACGCAAGGCUCGAUGUUAGUGCUACAGUGAAGCUCUCGGCGGUGGCUCUCGGAGCUGUGAUGCAGCGGCCGGUGGUGGCUCAGGAUCUGACGCCUCUCCCGCGGCUUUUCACCGACGAGGAUCGUCGUGUCCAUCGGAGGCGGCAGCGUCGUCUCGCCAUCGCAGAGAAGGACGUGGAAGCCUUGGUGCUGUGGCGAGGAGGCUUCCCGCAGGACAUCGUCGACGAGCGCCAGUUCUAUAAGCAAUCGAGAUCGGAGAGGGACGCGAGGAGGAGGGAGCGAGCCGCCUAUCGGGAGGACAAGCGUUCGGGGAAGCAGGCAGCUCAAUUAAAACUGAAGCUACAAAAAACGUCGGGUUGGGACUUUGAAGACUAG